AUGGCGAUGGCGAAUGCUGCUGCGGUGUCUGUACACCCGGAUCCUAAGCGGGGGCCAUCCCCCCCUGGCUCGAAGGCAGCAGAGGCAGGGGGGUUGGAGGGGCCCCCUAUGGGGGGCCCCCCGCAGCAGCCACAGAAGCAGCAGCAGCAACAGCAGCAGCAGCAGAAGAAGAAGCGUGAGCAAGCAGCAGCACAGACAGCAGCAGCAGCAGCAGCAGGAAGCAAACCAAACUCCUCAGCUGCUGCAGUAGACAGUUUCAUUUCUCGUCUGCCCAGCAUCUACUCUAUUGACGAUGACGCAGCAGCAGCAACCCCAGCAGCAGCAGCAGCAGCAACCCCAGCAGCAGCAGCAGCAGCAGCAGCAGCAGCAGCAGGAAGCACGAAACCCUCUGCAUGCGUCUCGUGGGAGCUGCAGCAGCUGCCAGCUGACGGCGAGCUGAUGCUGCAUCUCCUCCGCCGCCUGGAGACCCUUCUUGCAUACAGAGAUGAGGCGAGCGAGAUUCUGAAGGGUUUGGUUGCAGAGCGGCGGGAGGAACUGACGAAGGCCGCCUCUGUCUUGGGAGCGCUGCGUGAGUCAGUGUGUGGCUUGCGUGCUGCUUCUUCUUCUUUUUGUUUUUUUUUGUCUUCGAUCCGCCGCUGCCGUUUGCUGCCUCCAUUAGUAAUAAUACAGCAGCAGCAGCAGAAGCAGCAGCUGCAGCAGGAGCUGCAGCUGCUGCUGCGGCUGCAGCAGCUCGAGGCAGCUCUCCUUGCUGCUGAGGCCUGCGGCCGCGCAACCAGCACCAACAGCAGCAGCAGCUGCAGCAGCAGCAGCAGCACCAGCAGCAGCAGCAGCAGCAGCAGCAGCAGCGCAGCAGCAGCAGCAGCAGCAGCAGCAGCAGCAGCAGCAGCACAGAUGCCGCUGCAGGCUGCGCUGCUGAUGGAGGCUGCGGGGCCAGCUGCAGCAGCAGCUGCAGCAGCUGAUGCUGCACCAGCAGCACCAGCAGCAGCAGCAGCAACAGCAGCAGCAGCAGAUGAUACUUGGGGUUUGUAUAUGGCGGCUCUUGGUGCUUAUUCGCUGCUUCCUCCUUCUUUUUCUGUUGGUGCUGCAGUAUCUGCUGCAGCAGCAGCAGCAGCAGCAGCAGCAACACGACAAGUGCUGUUUGCGUUUGUUCCUGCUGAUGCUGCUGCUUUUUCUGAGGCAGAGAUGGACAUGCGCAUGCGUUUGCUGCUGCUGCCUGACUCUUCUUCUUCUGCUUCUUCUUCUCCCGCCGCUGCUGCUGCUGCUGCUGCUGCUGCUGCUGCUGCUGCUGCUGGGGGGAGCGGGGCGGAGCUGCUGAGUCUCCGUUCAGCAGCAGAACUAGCUGCUGCUGUUGCUGCAGCAGAUGGCGUUGCAUGCAUAAUGAGUGUCUUGGGGGUUCUCUUCGAUUGCCUCGUCGGCAUCGACGCCCUCAUACACUGGCAUGCACACGAGGCGCUGCUGCUGCUGCAGCAGUGCAUGCGCAAGCAGCAGCAGCAGCAGCAGCAGCAACAGCAGCAGAUAGAACAGCAGCAGCAGCAGCAGCAACAGCAGCAGCAGCAACAGCAAGGGGAUUUCGAGGAUGAGGGAGGCUUCAGUAUUUCUCCGCGGUCGUCUCCCUCUACACCUAGCAGCAGCAGCAGCAGGAGGAUGAGGGAGGCUUCAGUGAGGCAGCAGCUGCUGCAGCAGCGGGAGAAUCUCUGGCUGCGGCUGCAGCAGCAGCUGAUUGAGGUCUUAGCAGCAGUUCCCUUUGGCCUCAACUCUGCUGCUGCUGCUGCUGCUGCUGCUGCUGCUGCUGCUGACUUUGCUUCGUUGGUUGCUGCAGUGCAGCAGUUUAAACAAAUAGGAGAUGCAUUUGUACAGGCAAGAGAUGAGCAGCAGCAGCAGCAAGUUGUUGGAUCUGCUGCAGCUGCGGAUAGAAGCAAAACACAAUGCAGCAGAUACACCCGCAGGUCGGGGAGCCGCAGCACCACAAACAGCAGCAGAAGAAGCAGCAGCAGCAGAAGCAGCAGACGCAGCAGCAGCAGCAGCAGCAGCAGCAGCUGGAAUGGACAUGGAGGCAUCAGCACCGUGUCAAGACACCAGCAGCAGCAGCAGCAGCAACAGCAGCAGCAGCAGCAGCAGCAGCAGCAAGUUGUUGGAUCUGCUGCAGCUGCGGAUAGAAGCGGUGGAAACCAGCAGCAGCAGCAACAGCAGCAGCAGCAACACCUGAUGCACCAGCAGCAGCACCAGCAGCAGCAGCAGCAGCAGCAGCAGCAGCAGCAGGAAGCAAUCGGGGCAAAGUAUGCAGCCGCUGCAGAGAAGAGGUGA